GGCGGCACAGGGACACACGUGUCCCCUCUCUCUGCACGUCGUACUGCACAGGGACACCCCUCGGCAGUGCCAACAGGGGACCCUUGGGAGCCGUCCGAGUUUCCUUGGUGAUUGUUGCCAGGUGAGAAACUCUAAGGCAGGAUUUCUUAUCUUGGUGGAGAACGGGAGAUGUUCCUCACUGGGGCUGUCACUGGACCCAGAGCUGGCUCUGUGCUGGGUCAGACACCUCGCUGAGAGCAGUGACAGCGGUGACAGCGGGGUCCUCAAGGCCCAUUGGAGAGCAGCAGGAAAGGGAAGGAGGUGAUACCAGAGAGACCACGGAGAAGCGUGGAGGGACUCGGGCUGCUCUGUCACGGCUUCAUGGACCCCGUGAGUAUGCACCGAGUGACUGCGGGCACAAUGGGACAAUGCUGGGACCCUGGGGAGGUGCAGCAUGGGGGAGCAGCAGUGACAGUGCUGGGGAUGCCGGCACACGGCAAGUGACAGCUUGCAGGGAAAGCACUGGGCGUGCUGAUCAGAGCACAGAGCUAGGGUGGCUGUAAUAAGGAAAUAAGAGCCAGGACCCCAGAGUGCCAGCAGCAAUGCCUGCAAGCUGUCCUGCUCUGCUGGGGACCACACUGCCUCAGAGCCUGCCCCAAAGGCACAGCCACCAUGCAUGGCAGUGACAUACGGCCCAGACGAGAGACAUGCCGUGCUGCCAGCCCAUCGGCCGAUGGCAGCAACCCUCUCACAGCAGCGGGCCCACAUGCAAAGGCCUGCAUCGUCCCUUUAAAUCCCGGCACAGCUCUGCUGGCUGACACUAAACCUGAUCACACGGGCUUGCAAAUCCCAGCAGCUAAUUACACCCCAGCGCCCCACAGCCUGGCUGCAGCUGCAGGGUAAUUGCUGCCCACGUCAGGAAACCUGUUGUCGGUGAGCCAGGGCCAUGCAACGUUUGCUAACAGAGCGUGGCAAGCUGGUGGCUAUUUUAGGCAGGGAGGCCAUUUUUGUGGAGCACUCUCUCCCCCCCCACCCUCCCCCAAGUGGCACAGCUGAGCCCCACGACAAACACGGAAGAAGGGAGGCUGCUUUCAGAGCAGGGAGAUAAGCACCCUUCUGCACUAUACAAACAAAAGUGUGCCCCAAACAGGCUGGGUCAUGGCGAACGUCAGCCGAAUGCUGGCUGUUCUGCUCGGUUUUCUUGUUCCUUCUGCAAGGGGAAGCUGCCAGCUCACUCCUGCACCACUCACAGAGCUGGGCAUGCAGAUGGGCAGUGCCCUGCGCUGCCCGUGUCCCACUGUGGUUCUACUCAGGGCUGUGGGCGUGGGGAAAAGGAGUUGAGCACGGGGCAUCCCUCCUGCCUGCCAUGCACCAUGUGCCUGCUGGGACCAGGGGAAUCACUCAAUGAAAAGGAGCUUUAAGUCCCGGUUUACUGUUUCAGCAUCACCUGGUGGGACUGCAGCUGGAGGGCUGUGCUUUCAAAAUGUGCAAUUAUCCAAAGCAGGCACUUUCUCAUGGAAGCAAUGCUCUCUCUGAUCUGCAGUGAGGCCGUGUCUGUGCCCGCUCAGCUCCAUGCAGUGCCCAGAGCUGCAGUCAGACCCGGGGCAGACGCCAGUUUUCGCCCUGCAGGAGAGUGAGGCUGUGGAAGGAAAAGGAGCAGCAAAAGAGGUUGCAUGAAACUGCAAAGCAAAUGGAAAGAAAAAAAAAAAAGUUUCCUCAACCAGAAACUAUUCCACAGACUGACGAGGCAGAAAAAAAAUACAGCUGAGUUACUGAGAACGCACUGCAGAAUCCAAACAGUUUAAGAUGGGAAAGCAAGUCAUUUGCAAAGCUAUUUCCAAAUUAAGUAAAAAGGUCCUGGCUCUGAAACUCCUCUGAGCCCCGCCAGCUGCUGGCUGUGGUCUCUGUGAGGGCAGGGAGCACAUACAGUCUGCUGCUCCUGCUUGCUGCACGUGGCUGGAAGAUGUUUGGGAGCUGCAUUCAGCACGUGGGGCUGCUGGGAUCCACGUACCCAAUGCUCUGUGCAGCACUGGAUGGGGGUUUGUUCCUUGGAGCAAACUGAGGAGCACUACUGAGGUUGGUGAUCCGGAAGGGCAGCGGUGGGGAGCAGCUGUCCUGCUGCUGUGCUCAGGGCCAUAUUUGGGAAUCCAGCAGCUUGGCGUGUCCCAGCUUGGGAAGCAGUGUGUCCCGGGGUCCUAGUGCGAUGGCAGAGAGGAGAGGAGAGAAACCACACUGGGAGCAUGUGAGCAGCUCUCCUGCAUCUGAGUGGGCUCUUUAAGGGCUCCUGCAUGCUGUUCCCUACCAGCCCUGGCUUCUUCCUGCUCUCCUUUUGGAGGAGCAAAGCUGCUGGGCAGGCGCGUGUCAGGGAGCUGUGCCUAUUUUCAGUGCUGGAGCCCUGCAGGAGGCUGCUCCCACCGCUAUCUAUAGCCUGGCUGCCACACAAGUGCCCUCCCUCAGCCACGUGCAGGGAGCAGCUGCACAACCCCAAAUUUCACACGGCAGGUGGGCACUGUUGCUCCAUCCCUGCGUUCACAGCGCGUUGUGGGAUUAAUAAAAUAAUGAAAUCCAGGAUUAAGAACAUAAUGAGGUUGGGUUGUUCUCCUGGAGAAGGCACUGGAAACAGGAGAGUGACAUUCUCACAGACUUGGGGACGUUGCCUUGGGCACCCCUGGGCGGUGAGAGAGGUGGUUGCAGUGGGCAAGGGCAGGGUGCAGCCACAGCACCCCAGUGGCCUGCUCCCAGGGUUGCAGAGGCAUUAAUGUGGGCGCUGGGAGAGGCAGCAGCAGGUUGCCCUCUGACUGCAGACACGCAUCACUUUUAUGGUCUGUUUACAGUGCUGAGCUCUGCAGGUAGUGCAGCUCAUGGAGUGACUCACGGUGUGCAGCAGCAAACACCCCUCUGCCUCCCCACGUAGAGGUCAGAGAAUGGGAUAAUGAUUGGUGUGGGGAGCGCCGUGAGGCUUUGUCCAUCCAUUCCUCUGAUGGUUCCGGUCUCCCAGACGCAGGAUUGGCAUUCUUGUCUUCUUAAACAAUUGCUCUUAAAUAUUUCAUCACGAAACAGGAGAAGACAAAAUUAAAAAUAUGAUGACUCCGAGCCCAGGCAUUGCUCAGCCAAGGGCUUGGUGACCUGCCAGGCUCCUGGGGGAUGCUUUUAAUUUGGAUAAAUGGAAGUUGCAUAAAUGAUUUCAAUUGCGCAUCGCUCCCACUGCAAGCGCUGAGGUGUGGGCACAGUUGGCAGCGCCGCGUUGCACCAUCACUCAAUAACCCUGGCAGUGCUCUUGUCUCUGUGGAACCUCUGUCUAUGGGGUUUCACACUUUGGGGUGUGCUAUGCAGGGGGUUAAGAUUAGGGCAGGUGAUGGAGACCGCAUCCCUGCUGAGGGAUGGAUACCCAGUGCCUUUUACAAGCCACCGGAGGUUUCCUGGUCUGUCUGAAGUGGGGAGAACUGGCCGACCUCGAGCGCUCUGUGCCUCGUCAUGUCUGUCCCAGCCAGCUGCAGUGUGCCCAGAUUGAGUAACCUGGCAGGCAGUGCAUGCCUGGGGAGCCAGCUUGCGAGCACCAGUGGCUGUCUCUGCUCACGCCAUGGUACACAGGGGGUGGGCGGAGCACUGGCCCAGCACUGACCACUCCGUGGCCACCAAUGUCAGCUAACCCAUCCAGUCUUAUGCUUCCCCAUCCCUCCGAGCAACACUCUGCUAUCCGUAGACUUCACCGCCUCUCACUUGGAUGCUUGCAGGAGCCACAUCUCCUCCACCAUAUCCAACCCAUGUACGGUCCCUCCCAGCCACCUAUGGGGUGCCCUUGGCUGCGGGGCAGGACUGCUCUCCCUCCUGGCACCUCUGCCCUUGGGGACGCCCCAUCCCGGGGGCAUGGUGGAGGGGGGUGGUUCUGGUCGGGGGGGAGCCAAGAUACUCAGAGCACACAGAGGGCUGGUGAGGAUGAGGCUGCAGUGGGGGGCAGAUUCUCAGAGGUGUACCUGGCAGGGUAACGGGGGGGGUCCCCAGGAGGAGGGUCAGCUACUGGGGAGUGUCCCUCCCCCUCCCCACCGGGGCGGGCCCGGGAGCGCAGCCUGCGCGGCCCGCCCCCCCCCCCCCACGGCUCUCGGUGCACGGCGUGGAGGCAGCUGUCGCCCGUCGCGGCGCCGUGCGGGGUUCGGCGCUCCGCAGCGCCCCGCGCCCCUCCCGCAGCGCUCCUCUCUCUCCGCUGCAGCCCGGGAUGGCGGCGCGGCGGGGCUGAGCGGCGCCGGGGCCGCGAUGGACGGCCCGGAAGGGGGGCAGCCGCCCGCCGCCGCCCCGUCGAGGGCGAAGCUGCCGCUCGGCAUCGUCUUCUCGACGGCGCUGUUCUGCGGGGAGAGCGCGGCGGCCGCCGUCCUCUGCUUCUCCUACAGCCACUCCGACGACCGCUUCUGGCUGGCGCUCACCAUCUUCUUCGUGCUUUGCCCCUCCGUCCUGGUGCAGCUCACCCUCAUCUUCGUGCACCGCGACCUCAGUCGCGACCGGCCGCUCGUCCUGCUCAUGCACCUGCUGCAACUGGGGCCCAUCAUCAGGUGCGUGGAGGCCCUGGUGGUGUACUGCUGGUCAGGGCAGGAAGAGGAGCCCUACGUCACCAUCACGCGCAAGCGGCGGCUGCGCAAGGGUUAUGAAGUGGAGCUGGAGCAGGAGGUGGGCCACUCGGUGCGCCGGCUGGCCACCCACCGCAACGCCUUCAAGCGCAUGGCCGUCAUCCAGGCCUUCCUGGGCUCCACCCCGCAGCUCACCCUGCAGCUCUACAUCAGCAUCCUGGAGAAGUAUGUCCCCGUUACACGAGCCAUCCUCAUGGGCAUCUGCCUGGUGUCGGUCACCUAUGGGGCGCUUGUCUGCAAUGUCCUGGCCAUCCAGGUCAAGUACGAUGACUACAAGGUGCAGCUGCGGCCGCUGGCCUUCCUCUGCAUCGUGCUGUGGCGCAGCCUGGAGAUCUCCACCCGUGUGGCUGUCCUGGUGCUCUUCAGCACUGUCUUCAAGCACUGGAUCAUCCCCAUCGCCUUGGCCAACCUGCUGGUGGUCUUCUUCCAACCCUGGGUGCAGUUCUGGCGCAGUGGCACGCGGCUGCCUGACAACAUUGAGAAGAACUUCAGCCGGGUGGGCACGGUGGUGGUGCUGUUUGCCUUCACCCUUCUCUACGCCAGCAUCAACAUGUUCUGCUGGUCGGCCGUGCAGCUCAAGUUGGCCGACCGGGACCUCAUUGACAAGUCACAGAACUGGGGCCGCUUGGCUGUGUACUACGUGGCCCGGCUGCUGGAGAACACGGCGCUGGUCGUGCUCUGGUACUUCUUCAAGACUGAUGUCUAUGAGAACAUCUGUACAUUGCUGCUGGUGGUACAGUUGCUGCUCGGCUACUGCCUGGCCAUCUACUUCAUGCUCCUCUUCUUCCAGUACCUGCAUCCGUGUCGCCAGCUCUUCCGACACAACGUCGCUGAUUUCCUGCACUGCGUCUGCUGCCGGCGGUCCCCGGACAGUGCAGAGCUCCUGGAGGCACCGCAUGAACCUGGUGUGAGGCACAGCAUCGUCUGAAGCACAGCCUGGGAAUAUGGACAAGGGGCCAUGGUGGCAUGAGCCAUGCUGAGGGCUCCAUGAUGCCGUGGUGGCUGCAGGUGCUGGUGCCCUGCACUGAGCACUGGUACGGCCCCAUGGUGUCCAAGGACAGAGUGUGCCACCUGCCCUGCACACGCGCACGGGGGACCUAUGGGGUGUGCAGACCCCAUGGGGCACACAGCAUUGGGGAGCUUUGUCCCCACCCCGCUGUGACCCCAGGGACGCUGCUCCGGGACUGUUUUGAGCAGUAAAGAAACUUUGCUGUGGCUCUGCA